AGAUUUCGUCAGAAUUCCGAAGAGUAAGCCGUGUAUGUCCUUGAGCAGAUGGGACUGCAACGGCUUUCUGGCCGGAACCUUUCUCUUUAUUAUGCAAGUAUUUCUUGGAAAUUGGGGGUUCUGCUGAGCAGGUGCUCGGCUGCUGGUGACUACCCGCAGUUCAAAGGUCUUUUGGGUCUUUUCCCGACACCUUGUUUGUCAAUGUCGCUUUCCACCAGGGAGCCAGGCGUUUGCCCCGCCGACCACGGUGGGGCGCACGCGGCAUGUGUUGUCUGCUUAUCCCCUCCUUCUCGAGUCCGCCUUGGCGCCCUUAAGAAGAGCAGUCCCUGGGAGUUCCUGCCUCUGGUGGCCAGCUGUUGCUCUCUUCUCGCGAGAAUUGCUCCUCCCAUCCUCUCCUCUCAUCAACCCCCUCCCUUGGGCAGGUUCCAUAUUGGGUAAAAUCUCGGCUCGCAGAGAGGCCCGGGAGCUGUUCUCGCGAGAGUACGGCGGGAGGCUCCUGUUCGCUGGCUGUGGAACGGCGACCACUGGAACCUCCGCGGGCGCUGCAGCUGGAGCCGUAGCCCCGCGGCGCAGCCGGGAAUCGGCCUGGUCUGGAGAGGGUGCAGCGAGAACGUGGCGGGCGCAGCCUUGAGCCCCUGAGCGUGCCCCUGCCCUUAGCCGGGCUCACCCCCGUCGCGGAGGCGCGUCCAGCCGCUGCGGCUGACAGGGGCCGCGCGCGCGGGAGUCGUCUGGGUCGCGGCGCUCACACCUGCGCGGGCGGCCAGCGCAGGGUCCCCGCCCGUCCGGCCGGGCGACGAGGUCGGGGAAGCGGGUGCGGGCGCAGGCGGGGCCCCGCAGGGCCACCUCCUCGCCCCGCGGCCACCGCUGGAAGAUGUCUCAGGAGAGGCCCACGUUCUACCGGCAGGAGCUGAACAAGACAAUCUGGGAGGUGCCCGAGCGUUACCAAAACCUGUCCCCGGUGGGCUCCGGCGCCUAUGGCUCCGUGUGUGCUGCUUUUGACACAAAAACUGGGUUACGUGUUGCAGUGAAGAAGUUAUCCAGACCAUUUCAGUCCAUUAUUCAUGCCAAAAGGACCUACAGAGAACUGCGGUUACUUAAACAUAUGAAACAUGAAAAUGUGAUUGGUCUGUUGGAUGUUUUCACACCUGCAAGGUCUCUGGAGGAAUUCAAUGAUGUGUACCUGGUGACCCAUCUCAUGGGGGCAGAUCUGAACAACAUUGUGAAAUGUCAGAAGCUUACGGAUGACCACGUUCAGUUCCUUAUCUACCAGAUUCUCCGAGGUCUCAAGUAUAUACAUUCAGCCGACAUAAUUCACAGGGACCUAAAACCUAGUAAUCUAGCUGUGAAUGAAGACUGUGAGCUGAAGAUCUUGGAUUUCGGACUGGCUCGACAUACAGAUGAUGAAAUGACAGGUUAUGUAGCCACUCGGUGGUACAGGGCUCCUGAGAUCAUGCUGAACUGGAUGCAUUACAACCAGACAGUUGAUAUUUGGUCAGUGGGAUGCAUAAUGGCCGAGCUGUUGACUGGAAGAACAUUGUUUCCUGGUACAGACCAUAUUAACCAGCUUCAGCAGAUUAUGCGUCUGACGGGGACUCCCCCUGCUUAUCUCAUUAACAGGAUGCCAAGCCAUGAGGCAAGAAACUACAUUCAGUCUUUGACCCAGAUGCCAAAGAUGAACUUUGCAAAUGUAUUUAUCGGUGCCAAUCCCUUGGCUGUCGACUUGCUGGAGAAGAUGCUUGUAUUGGACUCAGAUAAGAGAAUUACAGCAGCCCAAGCCCUUGCACAUGCCUACUUUGCCCAGUACCAUGAUCCUGAUGAUGAACCAGUGGCUGAUCCUUACGAUCAGUCUUUCGAAAGCAGGGACCUCCUUAUAGAUGAAUGGAAAAGCCUGACCUACGAUGAAGUCAUCAGCUUUGUGCCACCACCCCUUGACCAAGAAGAGAUGGAGUCUUGAGUAUCUGGUUUCUGUUCCGUUGAUCCCACUUCACUGUGAGGGGAAGGCCUUUUCAUGGGAACUCUCCAAAUAUCAUUCAAGUGCCUCUUGUUGCAAAGAUUUCCUCCAUGGUGGAAGGGGUGUGUGUGUGUGUUGUGUGUGUCUGACUUUGUGGAGGGUAAGAGAUGAUGAGCAAACUAUCACAGUGACUUUACGUGGAGUGACAGAUGCUCUGUGGCAGCCUCUGCUUGCUCUUGUUCGUGAGAGUCAGCUAGGCGGGCAAGAGCUGCCAUCUUGUAGGGUUUGUUAAAUGCAAAGUGAAAAAUAUUAAACAUCCCAGACCCCAGUCAUGAUUUUGACCUCUCCUGUGGCCCCACCUUGACGGAGGUUAGACUUGACCGCAUCCCACAGUGGCAUAGAGAGAAGGCUCACACCUUCUGGCUGCUUCACACCUGGAGCUGUCCCUCAGUGAUGCAUCAGCCAGAAAGGACCAACUGGCUUCUGUGCACUAGUCUGUGAUUAACUUGCUUAGUGUGAUUCUCAGAACUCAACAGCUGUACCUGAAACUAUAAAUAUGUCUGUGCCUUAAAAGGAGAGAAGAAAGUGUAGUUGGUUAGGAGAGUGCAGCGGAUGAAGUUCUGAGCCAGGCAAGUAGUCACGUUGUUGGACCGCCACUUGUGAACCCGAAGUGGCCAGGGAGCCUUCAGAGGCACCACGUGUGAGCGUGCGUAUAUGUGCUUCUCUCUCUUCCUCCCUCACGCCCACACCCCCACCCGGGUGUCUUUGCCAUUUCUCUGCAUACCCACCACCUUCAGUGCAGAGGUUUCUUAAGUACUGGCCCCAGUAGUCAGAAGCUGGUUCUUGCUCUCAGUGUACUUCCUGCGUGCUCUUUAUUCCUAGCAGAGUGAUGAUGUGUUUUGCACGUCUUGCUAUUUGAGCAUGCACGGUUGCUCGUCCUGUUCUCUUCGGGAGGCCCUGGUGCCAGGCAGGUUUGCCAGUGAAGACCUUGUGGGUAGUUCAGAAUCCACGUCACCUCAGCUGAUGCUAUGGGCAAGUGAUGUCAUCCUCUCUUCAGCCCCCAGUGCUAUUUUGUGUUGAACACAAGUGAUACUCCAGGUGCUUUUGAUGUGAAAACUAUGAAGAAAUGGAACAGAUGGAUGUAUAGCAUUUCCAUUCUUGCCAUCUGGUUUUCAACAGACUAUUUUUGGGGAGCCGUCAACCAGGAAAGAUCAGGGCUUGUCCCAGGAAUAUCUCAGACUUUGGAGAACAAGUCAUUCUCUUCACUCCCAAUAACCAAUGCUAAGAAAUGCUGAAAAUCAAAGUGAAAAAUAAAAGCUCAUGAGGCCAGAAACUCCUUUUGCUAUCUUUGUCUAAAUAUGGUUAUUUUUUAAAAAGAAAAGUAAUGAGGUGUCUUUUCCACCCUUCUUUGGAAAAGGGUCUUCUUGGCAGCUUAACAUUGACUUCUUGGUCUUGGUUUGUGGAGAAAUAAAUUUUGUUUCAGAAUUUUCUAUAUUGCAGGAAUCCAUUGAGAAUAUGAUUCCUUUUGAUGGGGAGAAAGGGCAAAUUAUUUUAGUAUUUUGUAUUUUCAACUUUAUAAAGAUGAAAUAUCCUCAGGGGUGGAGAAGAGUUGUUUUCAUAAUUUUCUGAAUUUCAGGCAUCUUGUGCUACAUAAGGGCCCAUGUAUUUAAACCUUUUGUGAAAGAAGAAAGCGUAGAGCCACUUCCAGUGUUGGCUGUGUGACAGAAUCUUGUAUUGGGGCCAAGGUGUUUCCAUUUCUCUGUCACAGUGCAGUGAUACCUGCACUCCAGAGGGACAGGGUAGGACCCCCAAGUGAACUGGAGCGAGAAGGAAGGAGGCAGCUGAUGGUGAUCACACCUCACCCGGGAGUCACCCGGAAUUCGCCCCCUCUUUAAAGGAAAAUGAACGCAGAGGCCUCAUCUCCUUUAUAUGCAGUUCAAAUCCUCGUGAUCCACAGCAGGAUGAAUUUUAUCAGCCAUGUUUUGUUGUAAAUGCUAGUGUGAUUUCCUACAGAAAUACUGCUCUGAAUAUUUUUUUCAUAAAGGUCUUUGCACAUGAGACCGUAUACGUGUUAAGAGGCUGAAUGCGCCAGGAGCCUGGACUCAGCUGGAGCCUGCCUGUGGAAGAGCUCCUUGGUUUCUGAGCAUAAUGCUCCCAUCUCCUGAUUUCUCUGAACAGAAAACGAAAGAGAGAAUGAGGGAAAAUUCUAUUUUAUUUGUACUCAUGAACUUGGCUGUAUUCAGUUAUGCCAUAUAGGAUGUCAUACAAUACCACUGGUUAAAAUAAAGCCUAUUUUUCAAAUUUAGUGAGUUUCUCAAAUUUAUUAUAUUUUUCUCUUGUUUUUAUUUAAUACACAAUAUAGCAUUAUAUCAAUUGUCUUUCAGCUGUGGCCUGGCAUAUGUUUCUGACAGAUCUUAAUAUUACUCCUAAAAUGUAGAAAACAUUUAUAGAGCUCCUUGCUUGUACAUUUUAUGGUUAAGCAGGUCAGAGUCUUUGAUGUGGAUGGCCAAAGCAAAGAGCAAAUAAAUAAGGUAUAACACUACAGGCUACACUUGGGUGUCAGAGUGUCCUAGGACAGGGGUCAGCACACUAUGGCCCAGGGACCAAAUCCAGUCUACCACCUGUUUGUGUAGCCCACUAAAAGUGGUUUUUACCUUUUUAAAUGCUUGAAGUCAAAAGAAGAACAGUAUUUUUGUAGCAUGUGAAAAAUAAUGUAAAACUCAAAUUUCAGUGCCCAUAAAUAAAAGUUGUAUCAGAACACAA